GCGCUCCCAGAAUGCACCGGUAGUCCGCGGGAAACCAAAAUGGCGAAGGGCUGUAGCGAAGUGGUCUGUGUUUGAGGCCGGUGUGAGAACGCAUAUUCUCCUCCCCAAUCCUCGUCCCCAAGGAAUUCAGUGUGUGUGUGCGUGAGCGCAGGGUUCCCGCUGGGGCGGGUGCCCAGUGAGUGCCCGGACUCGCGGGGAAGCGCCCACGGGAACGUGAUUGCUUCUAUUUUCCUGUAUGAAGCGGUUGGCACCACUUAAGUGACCGAAUGAGCUGCCGAGUGGUUCAUCAUGGACUAGAGUAGUGGCAAGGGUACUGGAGACGUGAUUGUGGUGGAGGUGUCAUGGCCGAUGGCUGUUACCAGAGAAGAGGAGGGAAAUUGGAGCGGCACAAUAGAGGGAUGAAAGUUCCUACUAGGGAGAGACUCUACAGGAGCAGGUAAUUCACUGGUCCACAAGCGGUCUCCUUCACGUCGAAACCAAAAGACCUCAGCAUCCUUGAACAAGCUGUCUUUACAGGAUGGACAUAAAGCCAAAAAACCAGCAUGUAAAUUUGAAGAGGGUCAAGAUGUCUUAGCUAGAUGGUCAGAUGGCUUGUUUUAUCUUGGAACUAUCAAAAAGAUAAACAUUUUGAAACAGAGCUGCUUCAUCACAUUUGAGGACAGUUCUAAGUCCUGGGUUCUCUGGAAGGACAUCCAAACAGGAGCCACUGGGAGUGGGGAAAUGGUCUGUACAAUAUGUCAAGAAGAGUAUUCAGAAGCACCUAAUGAAAUGGUUAUAUGUGAUAAGUGCGGUCAAGGAUAUCAUCAGCUGUGUCAUACGCCUCAUAUUGACUCGAGUGUGAUUGAUUCAGAUGAAAAGUGGCUUUGUCGACAGUGCGUUUUUGCAACAACAACAAAGAGGGGUGGUGCACUUAAGAAAGGACCAAAUGCCAAAGCACUGCAAGUCAUGAAGCAGACAUUACCCUAUAGCGUGGCUGACCUUGAAUGGGAUGCAGGUCAUAAAACCAACGUUCAGCAGUGCUACUGCUACUGUGGAGGCCCUGGAGACUGGUAUUUAAAGAUGCUGCAGUGCUGCAAAUGUAAGCAGUGGUUUCAUGAGGCUUGUGUCCAAUGCCUUCAAAAGCCAAUGCUGUUUGGAGAUAGGUUUUAUACAUUUAUUUGCUCUGUCUGCAGUUCUGGACCAGAAUACCUCAAACGUCUACCAUUACAGUGGGUAGAUAUAGCACACCUAUGCCUUUACAACCUAAGUGUUAUUCACAAGAAGAAGUACUUUGACUCUGAACUUGAGCUUAUGACAUACAUUAAUGACAACUGGGACAGAUUGCACCCUGGAGAGCUGGCAGACACGCCCAAAUCUGAAAGAUAUGAGCAUGUUCUGGAGGCAUUAAAUGAUUACAAGACCAUGUUUAUGUCUGGGAAAGAAAUAAAGAAGAAGAAGCAUUUGUUUGGGUUGCGAAUUCGUGUUCCUCCUGUGCCACCAAAUGUGGCUUUCAAAGCAGAGAAAGAACCUGAAGGAACAUCCCAUGAAUUUAAAAUUAAAGGCAGAAAGGCAUCCAAACCUAUAUCUGACUCAAGGGAAGUAAGCAAUGGGAUAGAAAAAAAAGGAAAGAAAAAAUCUGUAGGUCGUCCUCCUGGCCCAUAUACAAGAAAAAUGAUUCAGAAAACUGCUGAUCCGCCUUUGGGUAAGGAAUCAGUUUCAGAGAAUCCUACGUUGGAUUUACCUUGUUCUAUAGGGAGAACUGAGGGAGUUGCACAUUCAUCCAAUACCUCAGAUGUGGACCUCACGGGUGCUUCCAGUGCAAAAGAAACUACCUCGUCUAGCAUUUCCAGGCAUUAUGGGUUAUCUGACUCUAGAAAAAGAACUCGCACGGGAAGAUCGUGGCCUGCUGCAAUACCACAUUUGCGGAGAAGAAGAGGUCGCCUUCCACGAAGAGCACUCCAUACUCAGAACUCAGAAGUUGUAAAAGAUGAUGAAGGCAAAGAAGAUUACCAGUUUGAAGAACUUAACACAGAAAUCCUGAAUAACUUAGCAGAUCAGGAGUUACAGCUCAAUCACCUGAAAAACUCCAUCACUAGUUAUUUUGGUGCCGCAGGUAGAAUAGCAUGUGGAGAGAAGUACCGGGUUCUGGCUCGCCGCGUGACGCUGGAUGGAAAGGUGCAGUAUCUCGUGGAGUGGGAAGGAGCGACUGCGUCCUGACUGUAGGACUAAGCCUUGUGUUCACUGCCUCGCGUCCUGUUGGUACAGUUCAAAAAAGGUGUGGGCUUCAUUAUCUUUCUUAGAAAAACAAACAGAAAACACAAAAAUACUCACAAGAGGAGAGGAUACUGGCCUUAACAUGUACUUGUCAAUGUUACGGAUAUUGUCAUAAAAAGAUAUCUUUUAAAAAUCAGAGGAGAGACUUAAUUUUUUUAAAUCUUAAGAUUUGUAGACUGUUUCUAGGAUAGGAUAUUAAACAUGAUUCAAACCCAUGCAUGGUGUUAGAUACUUUUUAUAAUUAUUCCAUUGAGUCAAUUUUUGUGAUUAGUGGUUAUCAGAGCAAACAGAUCAUGUAGAUAGCACAAGUAUUUGGAGAAACAUUGUGUGUUUUGUUACCAAAAUGUUGGAAAGAUUUAUUUCAAUACCCUUUUAGAUUUCAUAAAGUACAGUGUAUAUAAUGUCUACUGAAAGACUGUAAAAUAUUGAAAUUUCUUUCAAGCAAAAUGUAAAAAAUAUAUUGAGCCUGUAAAUUGCUCUGUGACUAGACUUCAUUGUCGUCUUAAUAUAUUCUUUGCAUGUACAUGUAUAUACACGUAUGUGUAUAUAUAUGUGUGUGAUUAUGUGACCUAUGCAAUACAAUUAUGGGAAUGGGCAGCUUUGGAGUAUAUAUCCCAUAAUUCUUAUUUCAGGAAUAGUUGCAGUAUUUACACAGCAGCAUUUCUUCUCAGGCGUUUCUUGGGUGCUGUUGCUUGCUAUGUAUGAAGAGAAAUGUGUCAAACAAGUUUAGUGUGUACUGAAGAGGGUGUGGACAGCAGUGUUCAUGGGCUUUAGAGCGCUUUUCAGUCCUUGUAACUGAGCUGUUGAAUCCCUAAAACAAAUCCAAGUGAAACCUACAUGAUCUCCUAUUAGAAGUGACGUUUUCGAGUUACUGUGGCACAUUAUGAUUGUAAACGUCUCAGUUUUAACAGUAAGUCUGUGGGAGCCCGGGAGACUCCUGAAAUGUCUGUAGUGAUUGUUAGUCAUGUUUGAGUAAGCGUAGUAUGAACAAAGUGUUUUAUUGCACAGGGUUAACAAACAGUAUGUUGCUAGCUGAGGCUAACUGCUGUUUUAUUACAACAUUACCUCUUGUUUUUAUAAAAUGUACCAAGAUUUUAAAUCGAUAUCUUUAUUUUACAUGUUAAAAAAAGUUUCUUUUAUCACCAGUGUUAGAGUUGUCUUCUGUUUUUUUAUUUUUUUUUUUUUUUUUUUUUUUUCUUGUUUUCUUUCUUAGCCAAAGAGUAAACAGAAGAAUAUUAUUUUGGUAGCUCUUCAUUUUACUUUUAUAAUGAUUGGUGGAUUUUAGACUAAAAAUUGGGGAAGUUUCUGCCAAAAUGAAAAAAAUUUGUGAAGUGUAUUGAUGACAGAAUGCUAAAACUGUGGUUAGUGAUUAUUUAUUCCAUUAAUUAAUUAUUUGACUGUUUUUAAAGAAACAUGCUUUAUUUCUUCAAGCAUCUUCAAAAGAUGGCUUUUCUUGUCACAUUGUCGCCAAAAGAAGCAGAGAACUUCCUGUCCUGCUUUUGGUUCCUGGUUGACCAGGUAUAAUGAGCUUUACAAAGUGCAAAUUACAAACUCACUUCUGUUCACCUCCACCAAAACUUGAUUUCCCCUAGCUAUUAAUUUAAAGUUGCCUUUCCUGCAGCUGCAAUAUUUUGAAUAACACAGAGAUUGUGUUAAGUUUUGAAUGUUUGUUUAUAUCUAGGGGUAAUGGAAAAUGUAAUUCCCGUGUAACCUUAUUCACUCCAGCUGUACCAUAUCAUCUUUCCCAAAGCCCUUUAAUUUUAACUGAACACCAGCAGUAUUUUUAGUAAUUCUCUAAGAUACUUGGAAGACAAUUUAUCAAGCUGAACUGUCUCUAGACGUAAUCAUUGUGAAUGUCUGUUUUCUUUAUCAUGCUGGUUCACAUGGCUCUGAUGUUCAGGUUGUAUUUUUGAAAUUGCUUUACUUAGAAUUAAAACAGACCAACAUUAAAUGUGUGUAUUUUUAAAAGA